UAUCGUUGAAGAAUAAGCGUAGGAGUGAGGGGACGUAAUGCUCCGUGUUUUGGUGUAACUGGCGUUGAGGAAUGACCGUAGCAGCCGGCAGCGAAAAGACGUGAAGCGGAGACGGACACGUAGAACCAAGGCAACUCUGUCAGCUUUGCCGGUGAGAGAAGCCACUAACCAUGCUUCAGCGACUAUUCAUGUGUUCCCCCCUGAGGGGCCUGACACGGAGAUCACGGACAGAUGUCUGCCCAUGGAUCUGCAGAGCCGUUUCACAAGCCAAAUUUCCUCUCCCACGCCCGCAGGGGCGCUCUCUGCCCCACCGCAGCGAGCUGAAGCAUGCCAAGCGCAUUGUGGUGAAGCUUGGCAGCGCUGUGGUCACACGUGGAGAUGAGUGCGGCCUGGCUCUGGGGAGGUUGGCGUCCAUUGUUGAGCAGGUGGCCAUGCUGCAGAACCAAGGCAGGGAGAUGCUCAUUGUAACCAGUGGCGCUGUGGCCUUCGGAAAGCAGAGGCUCAGGCACGAGAUCCUGCUGUCUCAGAGCGUCCGGCAGGCCCUGCAUUCGGGUCAGAAUCAGCUCAAAGACAUGUCAGUUCCAGUUCUGGAGGCACGGGCGUGUGCGGCUGCAGGCCAGAGUGGCCUGAUGGCCCUGUACGAGGCCAUGUUUACCCAGUACAGCAUCUGCACAGCCCAGAUCCUGGUAACCAACCUGGACUUCCAUGACGAGCAGAAGCGGCGAAACCUGAACAGCACUUUGCACGAGCUGCUAAGGAUGAACAUUGUGCCCAUCAUCAACACCAACGACGCCGUGGUGCCCCCCCCAGUGCCCAACAGCGACCUGCAGGGCGUCAAUGUGAUCAGCAUUAAGGACAACGACAGCCUGGCGGCUCGGCUGGCCGUGGAGAUGAAGGCCGACCUCCUCAUCGCACUGUCUGAUGUGGAAGGUUUAUACGACAGCCCCCCAGGAACAGAUGAUGCCAAGCUCAUUGAUAUUUUCUACCCUGGAGAUCAGCAGUCUAUCACCUAUGGAACCAAGUCAAGAGUGGGGAGUGGGGGCAUGGAAGCCAAGGUGAAGGCCGCCCUGUGGGCACUGCAGGGAGGCACCGCGGUAGUUAUUGCCAAUGGGACACACCCCAAGGUCACGGGGCACGUCAUCACUGACAUCGUGGAAGGGAAGAAGGUCGGGACCUUCUUCUCAGAGGUGAAGCCGGCAGGCCCCACUGUGGAGCAGCAGACUGACAUGGCGCGCCAGGGGUGCAGAGUCCUGGCGGCCCUCCUCCCAGAACAGAGGGGAGAGAUCAUCUGCCACCUGGCUGACCUGCUGAUCGAGAAGAAGGACGAGAUUCUCACUGCCAAUAAGAAGGACAUUGAUCUGGCAGUGAGUUCAGGCCGGCUCUCACUGCCCCUGCUGAAGCGGCUUAGCCUCUCGCCGGCGAAGCUGAACAGUCUGGCCAUUGGGCUGCGACAGAUCGCCGUAGCAUCGCAGGGCAGCGUGGGUCGCGUGGUGCGGCGCACACGCGUAGCCAGUGGUCUGGAGUUAGAGCAGAUCACAGUGCCCAUCGGAGUGCUGCUCGUCAUCUUCGAGUCACGACCUGACUGUCUGCCGCAGGUAUCUGCUCUUGCCAUCGCCAGUGGCAACGCCCUGCUCCUCAAGGGAGGGAGGGAGGCAGCCAACACCAACUUCAUCCUGCACCAGCUAACCCAGGAGGCGCUCUCCAUCCAUGGGGUCCGGGACGCGGUGCAGCUGGUAAGUACGCGUGAGGAAGUGGAGGACCUGUGCCGCCUGGAUAAGAUGAUCGACCUGAUCAUCCCACGAGGCUCCUCCCAGCUGGUGCGGGAUAUCCAGCGAGCAGCCAAAGGCAUCCCCGUGCUGGGCCACAGUGAGGGCAUCUGCCACGUCUAUGUGGAUGCGGAGGCCAGCAUCGACAAGGCCAUCAGCAUCAUCAGAGACUCCAAAUGCGACUACCCUGCGGCAUGCAAUGCCAUGGAGACGCUGCUGGUGCACAGGGAUCUGCUGAGGACACCACUCUUUGACCAGAUUAUUGACAUGCUGAGGGUGGAGAAGGUGAAGAUCCAUGCUGGGCCUCGAUUCGCUUCCUACCUGACCUUCAGCCCCUCGGAGGUCAAGUCCUUGCGCACAGAGUAUGGUGACCUGGAGUGCUGCAUGGAGGUAGUAGACAGCAUGCAGGAUGCCGUGGAGCACAUCCACAAAUAUGGCAGCUCACACACCGACGUCAUAGUCACAGACAACGAGGAGACUGCUGAACGCUUCUUGCAGCAGCUGGACAGUGCCUGUGUCUUCUGGAAUGCCAGCUCCCGCUUCUCCGAUGGAUACCGCUUUGGUCUGGGUGCCGAGGUGGGCAUCAGCACAGCUCGGAUUCACGCCCGGGGGCCCGUGGGCUUGGAUGGGCUCCUCACUACCAAGUGGGUGCUGCGGGGCAAUGGCCACACAGUGGCCGACUUCUCCGAACAGGGCUCCAUGAAGUACCUUCAUGAAGACAUUCCUGUGCCCAGCAGGAGCUUUGGCAUUCCUGGAUUUAGUGUCUCCUGAUCCAGACCAGCAACCUCUGCCUGAAUCUGCUGGCUCUCCAAAUGAUCUUAUGAACAGCUAAUCGCAGUACCUGUUGAGGUGAAAAAAAUCGGACUAUUAUAAUAACAAGCUAGAAGCCCCAGAAUUACCAAAGUUUACACUUAUAACUUGAUCCCACCCUGGCCACCUGACCUGUGCCAUGUUGAUGGUUAAAUUGUACUGUCGAUCUUUACAAACUUAAAGGCAGCACACUGUAAGAACCUGGUGUCAUUAAGAUGGAAUCUCUGUCCCUGUCUGCUGGCAGUCUGUGUUCCACUAUUUAAUCUGUAGUUCCACACAUUGGAUUCAGAGGGACUUUCUCAGUAGAGCGUUUAGUUUAUCAGUGAGGACCAGGUGGAAACUGCCUCACUGUAGUAUUAGCAUUAUUAUUAGUCAGAGCUCUGUGUCCCAGUGUUACAUUCCAGGAGAAACUGGCCAAUCGUGUCAUUUUACACACAUGCAAUUAAAGUUUUGAAAAAUAA